UUCUCCGGUUCCACGUCCCUCUGCAGGGCCACUCUCAGCCUGCAGCUGCUGAUGCCUCAGAAGACUGAUCAAGCCAGGCAUGUAGCCACCAACCAGCAAUAAACACCACUGGGUGAUAUCGGGAAAGUUACUUUUUACCAGUGAGCGUCCUAUUUCCUACAUGAUAAAAAGGAUGCUUGCAAAGAUUAAGACCUUUUGUGCAAACACGCAUUACAAAAUAGCAAUGGCUGAUGCUACUGUUAAGGGCCCAGGGAUAUUUGUGUAACUUGGCUCAGAGGAAUAGGUGGAAUUUCAAACUUCUGGUGAAGAAGGGGCUUGGGAGCUGGGAGCUCUACCCAGAAUGCCUCAAAUCAUCGCGGUCAGCCCACCUCGGCGUCUGGAAGGGCAUCCCAGAGAGAAGGGAACCCCUGAAACCUGCUGGGGUGAAGAGUGCCUCAGGCUCCCUCUCCCCGAGGCCUCCCCGUUUUCCCUCUUGGACCCACUGGUGUAAGACCCGGGCUUGCGGGCGCUUAGCCAAGCGUCCCAGCUCCUGCCAGAGCCUGCAGAGAGCCUCCCAUAACCCCCCAACCGCAUCUCAUACCAUUACCCAUUUCACACAGGGAAAAAUGGGGCGAGAAGGAAAGACACUGGGAAAAGCCAGUGAAAGGUCGCGAAAACUCUGGAGUCCCGAUUUUCUUCGUGCCCCGAUCCCCACACUCCCCCUGCUUUUUUUGUUGCAGCUUCCCACACUCUAAUCUUUCCAAUCCGGACGGCGACUCCACUGUGGGCCCGACGCGCGAGUCCCGUGGCACAUCGCCCCUUUAAGGGGCGGGCCUCUCGCCUCCCUGACCUCGCCCCGCCCCCUCUGGGGCCACACUGCGCUUGCGUGGUGAGCCGGAGCCCUGGGGUUGGGCAGCCCUUGGUUCCGUGCAACUUUCAAGUGAGUUGCAAACUCCGCCCUGCAGGCCGGUGCCGGCGGCUGGGUGCACCGGGACCGCGGCGACUCGCACGAGCGAGGCCGCGACCUGCCGCCCCAGCGCGGGACCAGCAGCGAGGGCCGAGCACGGGGUUCUCCGCGUCAGGAAGGGCGGGUCGGAGCCGUAACUGCCCCAGCCGCGGGGCGUACGCGCCAGCGCCCGCUCCCAAGUCGGCUUCCUCCCCGCCGGGGCCACUUUGCUCCGGGUCUCCGCAUUCUCCAGGUCCCCCGAACUGCAGAGUCGGAGGCCGUGGGCAGCGGGCUCUGCCUCAGCCGAGGGACAGCCGGACCGCCCCUCUGCUUCCCGCAACUGCCUCGAUACCCCCGUCCCAGCCCCUGCUUGAACGACCCUGUGGGCGGCUUCCUGGGGUUCUCCCCUCGUCCCCAAGGCCGGCAAGAUGGUGUCCUGGAUGAUCUGUCGCCUGGUGGUGUGAGUAUGGCUGCCCUCAGACCUCCUCUACCCCGGGGUGCCUCCCGCCCCUGUGGUGGAAGCUGGGGACGUGUGGUGGGAGAGGGAACUUUCCAAGCUCUACCCUCCCGCACUCCAUGCAAGGGUUAACGGACCUGUGGUCUUGCAGGCGGUGCCUGGGGCACGGCAUGCUCCCCGCCCCACCAAACCUCCCCCGACCAAGGCUCGUUGGCUGCGGACGACCCCUGCCACACGCCACACACACACUGCAAACAGAUGCGUGGGGCCAAGGGUUACAGGCCUACCUUGCAGGUCCUUGGCAAACACAAGGUGAUACGGCACGUUGUGGGUGGAGAAUCCAGGUGCGCGUACUUGCCACCGAGCAGUCACAUGACUCACGUCCUGCUCCUCACCUUUGAGUACUCCAACACGUGGCUCACACAGCCCUGUCUGCAUCCCGGCAGUGCCAGGUCUGGUGGCCCUGGGCCUGAUUGCAUGCCCACGGGAGGGGACAGUCUGGUGUUCUCACCCACUUCGUGGAGUGGCUGUCCUCUCGCUCCAUCACGCACCCAUGGGCCACAUGUGCAGGCCUGGGCAGGCUUGAGAUGUUUGUAAACAGCAGGGUGGGGAGGUGGCCUCCAGGGCUCUGACUCAGGCACGGGUUGUACAAGCCAAGCGAGAAAAACAGGGUUGGUGUUUGGGAUGCUGUAUCCAGCUUAUGCUUCCUAUAAGGCUGUGAAGACCAAGAACAUUCGUGAAUAUGUGCGGUGGAUGAUGUACUGGAUCGUUUUUGCACUCUUCAUGGCAGCAGAGAUCGUCACAGACAUUUUUAUCUCCUGGUUCCCUUUCUACUAUGAGAUCAAGAUGGCCUUUGUGCUGUGGCUGCUCUCGCCCUACACCAAGGGCGCCAGCCUGCUUUACCGCAAGUUUGUCCACCCGUCCCUGUCCCGCCAUGAGAAGGAGAUUGACGCAUACCUCGUGCAGGCCAAGGAGCGCAGCUACGAGACCAUGCUCAGCUUCGGGAAGCGGGGCCUCAACAUUGCUGCCUCGGCUGCUGUGCAGGCCGCCACCAAGAGUCAGGGGGCGCUGGCCGGCAGGCUGCGGAGCUUCUCCAUGCAGGACCUGCGCUCCAUCCCCGACGAACCCAUCCCUGCUUACCAGGACGCCCUCUACCCAGAGGACCAGGUGCCCCAUCAGAGGCCACCCAUUGGGUACCGGGACAGGGGCCUACAGGACAGCAACACGGAGGAUGAGUGUUGGUCAGAUACUGAGGUGGUUCCCCGGAUACCAGCCCGGCCCCGAGAGAAGCCCCUGAGCCGCAGCCAGAGCCUGCGUGUGAUCAAGAGGAAGCCGCUGGUGCGGGAGGGCACCUCACGCUCCCUAAAGGCUCGGACGAGGAAAAAGACUGUGCCCUCAGACAUGGACAGCUAGGGUCUGCUGCAUCUGGACCAUUCUUACCUCGUUCCCUGUGGCGCUCCGGGGAUAUUUGGAGAGACCUUUGGCUGCGCCUCUGGCCUGCCUGCUCCGGCCGCUGGGCCCCGCCCUCCUUGCUCUUGCUGAUGGUUAAGGGCUGGGAGCAGAUGCUGCCAAGGCCACAGGCAGGAUGCACCAUGAUAUACCAAAGUAGGCUAGGCCAGCAUUCUAUUUAUUGCCUUGCUCUGCCUCUUCCUUCCCUGGUUGUGGGACCAGAGCCCUCCUGGAAUCCCUGCAACUGAAACCAAAAGUC